AUGUUUGGGUUUUGGUUUCAAUUGUUGGCCAUCGGUUGUCUCCAUGGCGUUGUGCAUGGUGUGCCUCUCAAGAACAACAUAUUUGAUUUACACCCUUUUCACAUUAACUUAGCAUCCGGGGUGCCUCGAAUGCUCGAUCAGAUUCGAAAUACUGAACUUCCUGAACAAUUUCGUUACUCCGGAGUGGGUACUUCUCUCGGGAUUGGGCUCGAUGAUCUGAAAGCGUUGCAAACAGAAUGGAUGACUGGCUUCAACUGGGAAAGAGAGCAGGAUUCCAUAAAUGAGCUCAAGCACUUCACAGCUAUAGUCGAAAGUUUAACAAUCCACUUCGUUCAUGAGAAGGCAAAUGCGUCGAACGCCAUUCCACUGCUUUUGAUUCACGGCUGGCCAGGUUCAUUCUUGGAAUUUGCUCCCAUCAUCAAUAAAUUGACAGAAGAAGCAGAGACGUCUACUGGGAAGCGAGUUUCGUUCAAUGUUAUUGUACCUUCUCUGCCCGGCUUCGCUUUCUCGUCCCCUCCCCCAGUAAACUGGACAAUCCAAGAAACUGCUCGCGUCUUCAACAUAUUGAUGACAGAUGUCCUGGGAUAUGGCACCUAUGCUAUACAUGGAACAGACUGGGGCAGUGCUAUAGCCUACACACUAUACGACCAAUACAACAAGACCAUCGGUGCAGCACACUUCGCAUUUUUGCCAUUUUAUCCAGAACAUCCGGACCAGCUGACUGCUGAGAAUAUCACACUCUCGGAGUUGGAGAAGGCUGAAGAGCAAAAUGCGAUGAAUUGGGCUGGUACGGGUGACGGAUAUUUUGUUGAGCAAAGCACAAAGCCCAAUACGAUCGGCCUAGCACUUCAGGAUAAUCCGGUAGGGCAGCUUGCAUGGAUUGCAGAAAAGUUCAUGAACUGGUCUGAUCCCAAUGCCGGAACAAGCCCCUCCCUGCUCAACCGCAAUGAGAUCCUCCGCAGUGUUUCUCUGUAUUACCUUACGGGGAGUUUCGCCUCGUCUGUUCUCAUAUACUCGCAGAAUCCCAACACAUGGAGAACGGAAUACAGCAAGGCACAUACCGACUCGCCGAUGUUAUUCAGUGCAUUCAAAUAUAAUGUUGCUUUUUGGCCUACUAGGUUAGUUGCAAAAGUUGGAAAUUUAGUGCUGUAUCGAAACCACGAUUUUGGCGGCCACUUCCCCGGCUUGGAUAACCCCCCUGCUUUGCUAGGUGACCUUCGAGAGAUUGGCACAUAUUGGAGGGAGUGA